AUGUCGGACAUGAAGUUCUUAGUUGAAAAUGAUCAACUUUGUGAUUAUGCCAUGUCCGCAUUGAUCAUCUCACAAUGUCAAAUGCUUAUGGAAUUAUCAGAACCGAUUCCAAUUGUUAUUCCAGUGAUCCACCCUCAGGAACCACGAAAACAAAGUGAUACAAUUCAUGGAGGCAGUAGUCUUCAUCACAAUGAAAUGGCGUCGGAAGUGUCGUCAUCAUCAAGUGAAUGGAAUCCAGCAUUGGUUUCUCGUCGUGACGGAAAACCAAUAUUCACCGCAUCCUCCUCAUCGACUGUUGGCUCACCGGUGCUGACGGAACGUCGUCAUAUUGGAGAAAAGGAAAAGAAAAAGGCUGAAGGAAGAAGUGGAUCGAAGAAGAGAUCCACGUCGCAGAAGAAGAAGACAACGACUACAACUCUGACGUCACAGAAGACUACAAAGAAGAGAGAGGUGUUGGAUAAAGAGAAGGAGAAGGAUAGAGAGAGUUCCGAGGACUCCUUGAUGAACAACAGCAUGGCAACUUGCUCAAUCGGUGUCCCAAUGCCACGCCCAUCAAAACAAAUCGAGCAACUUCCAGAAUACGAUCUUCAUCGCAAAGAACUUCUGGUAACGGUCAGAGAUGCAGUCAUCCAGACGGAUUUGUUUUAA